AAAAACUCUCUUUUUCUCUCUCUAGAAGAAAACUUUUUCGAUUGGUGCUUCGGCGAAUCAUAGGGCUCUGAUUUAACGUCGCCGAUCUCCGUUGAUUUGGACUUCACCUGAUACUUUCUACUACUGGUAUAAGUUAUAGAGGAAAUGACUUGUUAGGUUUGCAAUGAUGGAAGUUGGGUUCUCUCUUAUUCAUUGGUUGAUCAGGUCUGGUGCUGAUAGUCCGUUUAUAUUCGGAUGGCUUGUGACUGGAUCAUUUGGGCUUCUGGCUGUUGUGUACACGUUUCUCAAAUGGCAAAACAAAACUUCUUUGAAUUGGGUUAAAGCUGCUGCUAGAGAGAAGAAGAAGGUAUGGAAAAGACUGAGAGUUCCACUUUCUCAUCAUCAAUGGACGGAUGAUUACGGUUGUGGGCCGCAGCCAUCCACCUGCUGCGUUUGUUUGUAUUCCCUUGUUCCAGGCCAGAAUGUUUCUAACAAAGCAGCUCUGAGUAUUCCUGUUCAUAGAUGUUCUGUUUGUGGUGUAGCAGCUCACUUUUACUGCUCUGGCUCCGCGGCGAAAGACUGCAAAUGCGUUGCGCAGGCUGGAUCUGACCAUGUCCGACAUCACUGGUCUGAGAGAUGGGUUAACAUGGAUGAUAACGCCGACAUGUCUGCUUUUUGCUUCUAUUGUGAUGAGCCUUGCGGUAUUCCUUUCAUUGAAGGUUCUCCAAUGUGGCACUGUCUCUGGUGCCAGCGCCUCAUACAUGUAAAGUGUCACAUGAUUAUGUCCAAGGAAUCUGGUGACGCUUGUGAUCUUGGCUCUCUCAGAAGGGUAAUCCUGUCUCCGGUAAAUGUGAAAGUCAGUGGAGAAAAUGGUGUAGAUGGAGUAUUGAGUAAUAUUACAAACGAGUUAGCUUCUAUACGAGGGCAGGUGAGGAGAAAGCGCCAUAGAGGUAAAAAUGGGAAUGUCCAGUCUAUUAGCGGUAAGAUAUUAUUGGAGGAUUCAGCCAACAGUCCUGUGAAAAGCGUAGUUAAUGGGCUUGUGGUGAAGAAACUACGCAGGGAUAGGAGCAUUGAUUGCGUAAAGAAGGUCUCGGACAUGCCUAGUUGUAAGGGAAUGCAAAAUGGUAUAGGGACACCAAAACGAAGUAAAAAUGGUGCUUUAAAUUUUAUGAAGAAGUAUUCCUUGGUUGAUUUGCCCCCAGAUGCAAGACCGCUUUUGGUAUUUAUUAAUGCCAAAAGCGGAGGUCAACUCGGUCCUUUUCUUCAUAGGAGACUUAAUAUGCUAUUAAAUCCAGUUCAGGUCUUUGAACUUGGCUCUUGUCAAGGGCCAGAUGCUGGUCUAGACCUAUUUAGCAAAGUGAAGUACUUUAGAGUUUUAGUGUGUGGGGGAGAUGGAACUGUAGCGUGGGUGCUUGAUGCCAUUGAGAAGCGGAAUUUCGAAUCCCCUCCACCUGUCGCUAUUCUCCCGUUAGGCACAGGAAACGAUUUAUCUAGAGUUUUGCAGUGGGGAAGAGGUGUUUCAGUAGUUGAUGGACAGGGCAGUCUAAGAACGUUUUUGCAAGACAUUGACCAUGCUGCGGUUACUAUGCUGGAUCGCUGGAGUGUAAAGAUUGUAGAAGAGAGAACAGAAAAUUUUCCAGCAAAAGAAAGCCACAAGUUUAUGAUGAAUUACUUAGGUAUUGGCUGCGAUGCCAAGGUUGCAUACGAGUUUCACAUGAUGCGGCAAGAAAACCCACAGAAGUUUUCUAGUCAGUUUGUAAAUAAAUUACGAUAUGCUAAAGAAGGUGCGAGAGAUAUCAUGGAUCGAGCAUGUGCCGAUUUACCAUGGCAAGUUUGGCUUGAAGUUGAUGGAAAAGACAUUGAGAUUCCCAAGGAUUCAGAGGGUCUUAUAGUACUCAACAUUGGAAGCUAUAUGGGGGGAGUAGAUCUUUGGCAAAAUGAUUAUGAACAUGAUGAUGAUAACUUUAGCAUUCAGUGUAUGCACGACAAGACUCUCGAGGUCGUAUGUGUCCGUGGAGCGUGGCAUCUUGGGAAACUACAGGUGGGUCUUUCUCAGGCAAGGAGGUUAGCACAAGGGAAGGUAGUGAGAAUACAUGUGUCAAGUCCUUUCCCUGUUCAAAUAGAUGGAGAACCGUUUAUUCAGCAACCUGGCUGCUUGGAGAUAACUCACCACGGGCAGGUGUUUAUGUUAAGAAGAGCAUCAGACGAACCUCGAGGCCAUGCCGCAGCUAUAAUGAACGAGGUUUUACUCGAUGCAGAAUGCAAAGGAGUCAUAAACGCAUCUCAAAAGAAAGAACUUCUUCAACAAAUGGCUCUCAAUCUCUCCUAGAAGAAGAAGUCUCAACAAAUUUUGCUAACAAAUGUCUUUACCCAACUAGAAAAAAGACCGGGUACGAGAUUUUUGCCUCGUUUUGUUUUAUUUUCCUAUUGUGGAGAGUGUCGUUGUAUAGUGUGUGUGUGCCCAUACAAAAGCCACUACUACUAAGAUUGGCGUCGGAAAGUGUUAACUAGAAGAGAAAAAAAAACAUUGAUCAUAUACAUACAGAUAGUGGUCAUUCUUUAGGUUAUUACACGCCUAUCUGCUUAAGCUCCAUUCGUAUCUUGUCGUAUAAGAAUCAGUUACGUGUAAUGGAUAUGAAAUGAGAGGUGCUUGUUAGGUUCAGCACCCAAAGCAAAGGACCAGCCUGGCUUGUGAUCCGUCCAUUCAAUGUUGUAUAAGAGAAGGAACUAAAGAGCAACACUUUCAUAUUUUUCUAAACAGAUUCUUCCUCUUUCAGACGUGAAACCACCUUAAUUUUGAACAGUACUAACAUUUGAAGAAAACUGAACUUUAUGAUAAGCUACUUCACAUAAUAUAUUUAGCUCGUUUCUAUCUUUAUUCUUUUCGCAGCUUGUUUCUGUUAUGAAGUGUUUAGUGGAUGGGCAUAACCAUUAGAUAGAUUAGGACCAGCCCAAUGGUCGUGUGACCCAAUAGUCUAGGCGGCUGGUUCCCUUUUACUUUUCUAUGUAUUUCCAAUUCCUUGUUACUUUAGGAAUUGGAUGUUUUCCAUUUAUCUUGUUCUUGUAUCCCAUAUAUAUAUGGAACCUCUAAAGCAUGAAUAAGACACAGAUUUCAUUAUUCUUCACAACACGUUAUCAGCACGAAUUGCUCUGGUAAUUCAAGCAAAGAAAUCUGAACCCUAGUUCGAGCUUUCUCUCUCAUCCGACCAAGCUCCCACCCGAGUUCCU